UCUGGAAUGUCUCAUUGAACCUUUGCCUUCAAUACCUGAAGGUGCGUGGACAUGUCCAAAGCAUCGGGGUGAGCGAACACCAGUAAGUUUACUCCAAUAGAGACUGCUGCUUCUUGGAAAGAUAGGCAUAAAGGUCUAAACACUUAUAGGUUAGAAGACAUAGGAAAAGAACCUUGAACGGACAGUUUGUCAAGAUAGCUCAGGAGGAGGAUGAUAUGACUUUUAAUGAAGCAGAUACGUUAGUACAGUAUGGGAGCAUCGCUUAUAGCCAAACAAACAAAGAAAUAGAGGAAGACUUUUUAAAUUAUGCAAGAAAGUUCCGUAACAGUUCCCUCCAUUUUGGUUCUGACUCUUCAGCAACAGCGUCUAAUACCGAAAGGGACCAUUUCAUUAAUUGUAACAACACCAACGAUACUCAAAUACGAAAGAGUAUGAUGAACACAGAUCAAUGGUUGGAAAAUUUAACCGCUUUUCACUUUGGAGAAAUCUCGCCUGUGAAUGGGGUAGAUAUGUUACUUGAAGCAGCCUAUACUAUCGAACAGCAGAAACCGGAAAAAGAUUCUCCAAACUUGACCGCCUCAGAUGCUGUUUUGCAUAAGGAGGCUAAUUCCAGUACACUAAACUUGGAUAGUGCAGAAUAUGGAAAAUAUGAAAUUAUUGAAGAACUGAUACAAAUGAAGGGCGAAAAUGUUCUUUUCGACAUGCUUUCUAAUCAUACAAAAUAGCGCCACUAUUUAUCUAUAAAAAUACCUGCUUUAUCCAAUCAAUGAAGCAAUCAUCGACAAUUUUUAAAUAUAUACGACUUUAUUAUUCCUAUCAUACGCAUAUUACAUAUACCCAAAGCACGUAUCUUAUCCCAAUACAAAUGGAACCACUUACACUGUCACUUUUAUGUAUGAAAAUCUUUUGUUUCUUU